AUGUGGAUCGAGUGUGGCCUUGCUACUGCAUGGGAUCUCUUGAAGGGGGCAGUUACUGCGAUGAAGCAUCCUGUGGGACAUGCGAUGUCCUCUAAGAGCUUCGCCGACCGUCUUCGGGAUGAAGUCCGCAAUUUGGAGAACGAGGCUGAGAGAGUCCGCAAUCUUGAAAUACGUGCCAGAAACAAUGUUCGGAACUUCUACAGUGCCUUCACGGACUGGCAGGCAAGUGCUGAGAAGGCCUUGAAGGAGGCGCGAGACCUAUUGGACGACUUCGAAAAGGCGACCAAGACUUGCUGCUACGGGACUCUUCCCGACCCCUAUUGUCGCUAUCAGUUCAGCACGAAAGCCGAGGCUGAGAUUGAGGUCGUUCACGAACUCGCUCAAAAGUGCAGUGUUCAAUUCAAGGACUUGAACGACAUUUGCUUCAUCGAUCCUGCUCCUGGAAAUGUGGCUACUUCGAUUCUGGCCAAGAGAGAAGGCAAAGAUGUCGUCCAACCGACCACUGCGACGGCCUCCGCUUUUUCUGCCUCUACGUCGAUUAAGCUUAGGGAUGAUGGCGUCUUCGAAUCCAGAGCUUUGAUGAUACAAAACAUCAUGGACGCUCUUGCCGAUAACAAAAAUAGUGUGGUCGGGGUUUACGGGAUGGGCGGGGUUGGCAAGUCGACCCUUUUGGUGGAUGUUGAAAGGAGAAUAAGAAGAGAGAAGUCGUUUGAUUUGGUCGCUAAGGCUGAUGUGUCGGAAAAUCCAGACAUCAAGAGGAUUCAAGAUGAGAUUGCGCACUCGUUGGGCCUUAGUGACAUAAAGAACGAAAAGUAUGUCCAGGUGCGAGCGAAACUUCUGCACAGGAGGUUGGAAGACGAGAAGGAGAAGAAAACGAAGGUCCUCAUAAUACUGGACAACUUGUGGAAGGGGCUCGACUUGAAGUCAGUUGGCAUUCCUUGCGGACAUGACAACAAAGUCAUCGGAUGCAAGUUGUUGUUGACGUCGAGAGAUCGGAAUGUUCUGCAAAGGGAAAUGGGCUGUGACAGGGACUUUCUCCUUGUUGGGCUGCAAGAGGAAGAGGCAAGAGGUUUGUUUGAGAGGAUCGCGGAAGACAAAGUUCAUGAUGACGAGUUCAAACCCUUGGUGGAUGAAGCCCUCCACAAAUGUGCAGGUUUCCCUUUCCUAACUAUUGCAAUGGCCAAAUAUUUUAAAAACUCUCCUUUAUCUGAUUGCAAGGAUGCUUUGAAACAAAUCGACAUGUCUACAAACAAAGGAAUCAGUAAGAUGAUAAACGAGAUGUUGCAAUUGAGUUAUGAUCAUUUAAAAGAUGAGGAAGGUGAGGAGUUGAAGUCAUUGUUACGACUCUGUGUUUCUUAUGGUGUCCCUAAGCCACGUUUUGAAUACUUGGUGAGGUACGGCAUGGGUUUGAGGUUAUUUCAAGAAGAUAGCAGCAUGGAAGAAGCCAGAGAUAGGUUGAGCUCACUCAUCAGUACCCUGCAAGCCUCCUCCCUUUUGUUAGACGAUGAAGAUAAAGAUUGUUGCAAGAUUCAUGACUUGGUUCGUGGAUUUGUUACCUCAAUUGCUUCAAGGGAUCACCCUAUUCUCGUGUUGAAAGAUAAAGAUGAAUUGGUAACAAAGUUGUCAAAGAAUAAGGUCAAAAGUUGUGAGGCGAUAUGCUUUCCCCACGUCGACUUGGAGGAGCUUCCUGAAGAAUUAGAUUGCCCUGAAUUGAAGAUCUUUUUUUUGAUCACAAACAGUAAAUCUCUUGAGGUCCCAGAUUCAUAUUUCAACUCUAUGAGAAAUAUCAUGGUCUUAGAUCUUGUUGGGAUACGUCUCCGUCGUUCGCUUUUGCCUUUUCAGUUCUUGGAGAACUUAAACAGUCUUUGUCUUGAUAGUUCUCAUUUAGAGGAUGUGGCCAUACUUGGCAAGCUAAAAGGGCUACAAAUUCUUAGCCUUGUCAACUCCAACAUCCAUCGAUUGCCAAAAGAAAUAGGGCAAUUGACGAAACUGAGAUUGUUAGACUUGAAUGAUUGUUCACAACUUCAAAUAAUUGAACCGGGUGUACUUGGAAGCUUGACCAAAUUGGAAGAGUUGUAUAUGGAGGAUAGCUUUGAUAAAUGGAAUGCCCCGGAGCUUACUCCAGCAACUAAUGCCAGUCUUAUUGAGUUGAACAACAUGAAGAAUCUUUGCACUCUACAUGUAUUUAUUCCUAAUCCAAGCAUCCUCCCAAAGGAUUUAAAUGUUGAAAAAUUAACCAAGUACAAAAUCCGAAUAGGUAAUGCGAGGCACUGGCCAAGCAAGUGCAAAGGAUCGAGGACGUUGGAGCUCAAGUUGGAUCCAUUAAGUGAUUUUCUUUGGAAAGGAUGCAUACAAAGUAUCUUAGGCAAAAGCGAUGAUCUGCUUUUCGACACGUUGGAUGGAGGUGAGCAAAGUAUCUGUACGUUAUCCCAAAAAGGUUUUCCGAACUUAAAGCAUCUACAAGUCAAGAAUAGUCUCGUCCGUUACAUCCUCCAAUCACCAUCCCAUACAGAUUUUAGGAUGUUGGACUCAUUAGUUCUCAAGAAUCUCAUGAACUUGGAGAAGAUAUGCCACAACCAUAUCUCAUCCAAGUCCUUCAAUAGAUUAAAAGAAGUAAGAGUUGAAAGUUGUAACAAGAUGGAAGUAUUGUUUCCUCUUUCAGUGGUGAAAGGACUUCCACAAUUAGAGAAGAUCAAAGUUGUUGGUUGCAAGUUAAUGCGCCGGAUUGUAGAAGCUGAUGAGUGUAGCAAAGUGGAGUUGCAAAAUUUGCGUGUAUUGGAAUUGAUUGACUUACCAGAUAUCCCCAACUUUUUAAGUGCCGCGUCAGCUCCUUCAAGUAGUAUGACGCACGGCCAAGUUUGCACUGAAAUAGCAUUCUUCAAUGGGCAACAGGUUUCCAUCCCAUCGUUAGAGUCCUUGAUAAUGAAAGGACUUCCCAAUCUAAAAAAUAUAUGGAGCGAUGAAUCUCCAUUGGAGCUAAGCAAUCUCCGAUCUCUUGAAGUGGCGCAGUGCAAAUCUCUCUCGAAGAUUAUCAACUCUCGGUCGCUGGUAAAACUAUACAAGUUGAACACUUUAAUUAUAGAAGAUUGCAUUUUGCUGCAAGAAAUUUUUGACCUUGAUGGACCAAGCGGUAAUGGAAAUGAUGAGAUUGUCUUUGAGCUAACCACCUUGGAAUUAAAGGGAAUGCCGAGCUUGAGGCACAUAUGGAACAAUAAUCCUUGUGGAAUAGUGAGUUUCCAUAAUUUAAAGAAGUUGGUGGUGAAUGGCUGUGACACCCUUGAGUUUAUGUUUUUCCCAUCCAUGAUUAAAUCUUUUGCACAUUUGAGAGAUCUAACCAUAUCAAAUUGCAAGAAGAUGGAGGCGAUCAUCAUGGAGGAAGAAGGGUUGGGAAUGGAAAUAUUAGAAAUUUUGGAGUUCCCGAUGUUAACCAAUUUAUGCUUAGAAUGGUUGAACUGUCUAAGGUGCUUCUCUCGUGGAAAGUGUUCACGAGAGGUUCGGAGUCAAGAUCAUAUCCAAUCAUGCUCCAUUGUACUCUUCAAUCGAGAGGUUGCCUUUCCGAGAUUGGAAACAUUAGAAAUUAAGAACUUGGAUAACUUCAGGUUUAUGUUUCUCCCAUCCACGGUGACAUCUUUCGCACAACUAAAAGAACUAGAUGUACAGGUUGCCUUUCCUAACUUGGAGAGAUUAAAUAUCGAAUUUAUGGAUAACAUCAAGAAGAUAUGGGACAAUCAAGUUGCCGCGGAUUCUUUCCACAAUCUAAAAUCGCUUUGUGUGGUUCAAUGCAAUAAGUUAGUGAGCCUUGUUCCUUCUUGCAUUCUAGGACGGCUCUUGAACUUGGAAAGCUUGGAGGCAGGGGAGUGUGGUUUGCUUGAAGUAGUUUUCGAACCUCAACCACCGAAUCCUCCAGCCUCGGUAGCCAAUGAUCUAAUCCAGUUGGAGGAUUUGAAGAUCAAUGAAUGUGGCAUUGCCAAACUCAUGGAAAAUGAAGAAGGACUAGUUCCCAAGUUUGUGUUCCCGAAGUUAACCUCCCUGAAGCUUAGGCAUCUAAUAGAGUUGAAGUGCAUCUACACCAGAACGCAUGCUUUACAAUGGCCGGCAUUGAAGACCUUGGAGGUCCAUGGCUGUCACAAAGUAGAGAUAUUUGCUUCGCAACUUGAGAAUGAGAUGACAUUUGAUAAGCAGCCUCUCUUCUUAAUAGAAAAGGGCACGUUCCGUAAUCUUCAAGAGUUAAAAUUGGAUUUAUCCAAACAGAUAGAGAUAUGGCAUGGACAUUUUCAUGAUGAAGAAUUCUUCUGCAAGCUUAGAGUUCUUGAGCUUCAUUAUCUCUCCAAGGAAUCUCCAAUGUCCAUAUAUCAUUUUGUUGAGAGUUUAACCAACUUGGAAAACUCCGGUGGGUACACUUUGAUAUUCCCUCUCUUGGAAGAUGUCAUCGUGAGUGAAUGUCCCAACAUGAAGUUUUUCUCCAAUGGAACAAUAGAGGCACCAAAGCUGGAGAGAGUACAAGUAGAUCCGAAGGAAUUGUCUGGACCAAAGAAGUACCGAUAUUUUUGGAAGGGAAACCUCAACAUCACCCUUGAAAAUAUGUGCAAAGAAAUGGCCACGGUUACGAGGGUUAAGUUUAUGCGGCUAUAUGAGUUCCCCGAGUUGAUUAGAAAAUGGCACAGUGAACUGAAUCCCAUCAAGUCAUCUUUGCAAUUAAGAACACUGAUGGUGGAUAAAUGUCCAUCAUUUAUUAACGCUAUUCCAUCCAAAUUGAUGCUUACUUUAGAAGAAAUGACAAGCUUGCAAGUGGGCAAUUGCGAGUCUUUGGAAGAAAUAUUAGAUCUUGAGGGGCUUGAUGUUGUCGAAAGCGCUCAGCAACUUGAGACAUGCUUUUGUUCCAUCGAUGGCUCGGUGCCUUCCCAAUAUAAUUUGGAUGACAAUAAAGGAGUGUGGUCUGAUGGAAGGAGUGAUCGUAGAUGA